AUGAAGAUGAAGAUGGAGAAGAUGAUGGGAGCAAAGAUGAAGGGGGGAUCUGCCAUAACGAGACUCAUCGUGAUAGCCGUUGUAGUCCUGUUAACAUCGCAACCACUCGCCGGCUCCCGUGAUGGAAAUUUUGGACGCUCGAGCGUAGAAGGACCGGGUUGGAGAAGGAGAGCCACAAGGAAACUCGGGGCCUGUCUUUCGGAUGGCGUCCAGACUCUGCGGCUGACUGGAGGAGGUCCAAAUGAGGAGGGGCAAGUGCAAAGGAACGCUUUCGAGUCGUUCUUGUCGUUCUUGUCCUUGACUCAUCAGAAAGAGGCCCGGUUGCUGGCAUAUGACACUGUCAUCUACAUCAUGGAUCAGACCAUCAAAAUGCUAGUCAACAGGAAUCAAGAUAACUCUCGCGAGCCUGUCAUACAUUACUCGAUCGAAAUGGAAGAACGCAUAGCCGGUCCGGGAUCGCCGCAAGGAGCAGAGAAGGUGAUGGAGUUCCUCUCAUCCAUAGGGCUCGAACCUAUCGGCCCCCUGGCGUCCUCGGGAACUGAAAAGAAGCUCCGGCUGCAGCGGAUCUGUGACAUCACCGUUCUGAGAGACUCAAGGAGAAUUGCGUUGGAAGCGAUGAAUGAUCUUCGCCUUCGGAGCCAGCACGAGAGGCAUGAAGAUGCGAUGGACGUGGAGGAGGAUGCCCGCGGUGACCUGCGGGCAAGCGGCGAUGUCCGUGUCGAGCUACUGGAGAAGGAGAUGCAGAAGGCUGCGAGUGAACUGAGAUUCGAAGAUGCUGCGAAGCUGAGGGAUGCAUUGGAAGUCCUCAGGCGGCAGUCUUCUGAUUCAAACGCCCAGCAACAGUCGAAAUCCCCAAGAGUGGGCGGAGCUAAACCAAACAGCGAUUUCCCAUGUACAAGCGGUAUUCGAAAGUCUUCAAAUAGUCCGCCAGGUGCUAUUGGUGCUCGGAAACCCUAUCAGCGGCCGAGCCCGACUCUUUGGCCACAGAAUGAUAAUGAAUUUCAAGACAGUGACUCUGAGAAGGUAGAUCCAAGAGACUCGGCGAUGUCUGAGAUCCUGAAACAAGCCAAGGAGGCGAUGAACAAAGUUGCAGAUGAUGAACUCAACAUCCGACAAGCUGCGUUGGCGAGUGAAAAGAAGUUGAAAGAACUUGUUUCAGCGAAAAAAGAUAAAGAGAAAGUGAGCACUUUAUUAUCUUCUCUUCAGCUCUUACAUGGCAUCUUCACUCGAGUAAGAAUUUUUGCUGUUGUCUUGGAAAACUCACGAAUUAUUCCUAGAGCGUAUGACAGGCUAUACCUCUAUGUGAGGGUCACAUGCACGCAGAGUCUGGAUGUUUACAUUCCACAGUGUCGAACUAUCUACAGUCUGUUGGCUUCUACCACGACGGUCACGGAUUAUCCCGAGGAGGUGUACGACUUCAAUGCUAAAGACUUGCUUCUCUGCCUUGAGAGCAACAAACGACGAUACGAGGAGAGCUCUCAGCUAAUGACACGGAAGAUGCGAGAGGCUCGUCAUAGCACUAGGAAGAACAUCUCAGAGCCGGGCAACAUCAGAAUCCGGUUCGGCGACGGGUGUUUCCUCCAAGGGACUUUCGACGGAGAUGAGAAGAUUUCGUCCAUCUUCCAUUUUGUUUCUGCAUCUUUGAAGGAAAGAAGAGAUUUCACCCUCAAGACUGUGCCGCCUGUCAAGUACCUCGAAAAAUUCCUCGACAACAAGAUUGCUGACAUGAAUCUAUUUCCCAACGGGAUCGUUAAUGUCCUAUGCAAGGAAGGAGCAAAACUGAUCAGAGAAGGCAUCCGAGACGACAUUCCACUACAGAUGCAAGGCUGA